AUGCAUCAAUCCUCUGGCGGUCGUGGCAAUAAUAAUCAUAAUAAUAAUUGGCAGCGUUUCCAACAGCAACAACAUCAAUAUUACAUCAUAACUCGACGCUCGAGUCUCACCCCAAUGAAUCCCAAAGUUUCUAUCCACUUACGAGCAAAUCAGUCGAGUCUUGCAGCACCACCGAAUGCACUGACAAUAAACGUCGUGGUCCAAGCUAUUUGCAAUCAUUUCCAUGUCAAUACAUUUGAAGACUUGAUGGGCAUCAGUCCAUUACAAUUACCCAUACUAAAACAGUUACAUACUGUAAAUCAACGGGUGUGGACAUUUGUUACUUGUUUCAUCCAAAGUCGUCGGAUUCAUACGCUCUUGGAAUGUCAAGAAUUUUUUUACAACAAGAAGGACUUCAAUCGUUUCACGAACUGA